AUGGAAAAUAAUAGAAGUGCAUUUUUAUUUCAUAUAUUUUGCUCGGAUAUAAAUGAAAAGGAGAAGGCAGAAAAUGUUAAAGUUAAAAAUUACUCUUUUAUAAAAUUACCAAGUGUGCCAGAUCCAUCAAAAACAGUACUAUAUUAUUUUAAGCAGGAAAGUAAUGAACUUUAUUUAUUGGAAAGGAAUUAUUAUAACCCUAAAAUUGAAACAAUUAGAAAUGAAAAUGAUAAAAUAAACAAAAGUUGUGUGUCCCUAUUUAUUAAUAACUACACUAUAGAGAAUGAUUGUAGUUUUUCUUGCUAUCCUGUGGAUGCAUUAUACUUAUUCAUAUCAAUAAUAUAUUAUAAUUGUACAAAUUUUACAUACACAACAUUAGAAGACUACUUGGAUAAUAUAUUAAAGGAUAAUGAAAAAAAGAAAGUAGAAGCAACUAAAAAUGUUUUAUAUAUUUUUAAAAAAGAUGUAAAUAGUAUAAAAGAUAGAUUAAAAAAUGUCUCUGAUGAAUUGUGUGAAAAUGGGAAAUUAUAUUAUAAACCGAAUAUGAAAAAAGUUCAAAAUUUUUAUAACUUAAAAUGUAUAAUAUUAUUUAAUUUCAUAAUAGAGCAUAAAAUAAUUUUCCCUGAUUAUUCUCAAUAUAUAGAUAAAGAUUUACUAGAAAAAUAUAUAACUGACGUAAAUACACAUCCAAUUAAUUUAAUUAUCCAAAAAAAAUUGAAACAUAUUGAUAAAUAUAAAGAAUACAAAAAAUAUGUAGAUUCAUAUUUAGUACAAUUUAAUAACAGACAUUACAAAAUUAACGGGUCUAAUUUAAGAACAUUUAUUUGGUUAAUUAUAAAAGGAUUUAUGUGCUCAUCAUUAAGUGAAAAAAUAACCCCCCUUGAUAUACUCGAACACUUAAAUAAAAUUAAAGAAAACGAAAAAAAAAAAAAAAUGCAACAAAAUGAAACGUUCUCGAAAAAUAAGAAACAUCCAUCUCAAACCCCCAGGAACCAGAUGAGUAUCGACUCCUUUUUCAAAAAAAAAAAAAUUAAAUUAAAAUAA